CUACGGCAUACUUGGGGGAAUAUACACAUAUCCUUAAUUUGUGCUUUGGAGUCUUUGCCUUGUUUACUAUUCUUUUUCUUGAACUCAAAAUUCUUUGUACACUACUUGGGGGAAUUAUUUGUUUUGAUGUAAUAAUAAAGAGAUAUUAGUUUUAAAAAUAUGAGUGUUAUAAGAUUUUAAGGGUAAAAAAGUAAAUUGCUUUUAAAAUACCUCCCCUCCCCUUGUGAACCAAACAUAUAUUUAAUUAAAAUACCUCACCUCCCCUCCUCUCCCCUCUUUUGAACCAAACACAUAUGUAAUUAAAAAAUUUCCCUCCCCUCCCCUCCCCUUCCCUCCCCUCUAUAAAAAUACCUCACCUCCCGUCCCCCUAUUUUGAACCAAACAGACCUUAAAAGAAACGCGGAGAAGCUGCCACCAAAUAUUCACCUCACCCCAUCCAAACAAAAAUAAAAAAUUUAGGGUGGGGCAAGAAAAGUUAGAGAGAGAGUAGUUGCGUUUGCAUUGAAGAUUGAAAAAUUGAAAUUUCAUUCAUUCUAUUCCACAGGUGUGGGAACUAUUCUCGCUAACCAACAAAUACAUAUAUUCUGAUGUAUCAUCAUCUUCUCUAGUCAUCUUCUUCUUCCUCACGCUAACAACAACAACAACAAGCUAUGCCGACUUUUACUGCUAUAGCGUUUGAUAGGUUAAUAGAGCCCGGAGGUUCUAGGGCUGGUCAUCAGAAAUCUGCUUCAAUUUCGGUUCCAGCUCCGAAGAAGCUUGAGAGGAGGACCAGUGAACCACCAAGUUCCAGAAAGAGAGUACCUCCUCGUCCUCAAUUAAAGCCGUCACUCUAUGCAACUCCUGAGGUGAAGCCGCUUCCGGAUUCUCCGCUACAAGAUUCUCCUUCUUCGUUCUUGGCUUCUCCUUACAUCAUCAAUCAUAAACGUCGUGGGCCGCGUCUUCUCAAGAGUUUCUCUGAGGCCAAUGUACAGGCUAAGCAGGAGAUUGAUGAUGACGUAAAUGUUAAUGGUAAGAGCUCUAAUAGUGUGGUUUCUAGUUCCGCUGGUGACCUACAAGUCAGUUUCGUGAACUCUGAACCUGUUAAGGAAGAGCAAGACGGUGGUGUAGAAGAUAACAAACUUAGUAGCAGCAAUGGUGGCGAUGUUGAGCACAGAGAAAAUGGAAGUAGUAUUGAUCAUAAUGGAGUGCAUUUGGAAAAGGUAGUGGUGUUGAAUUCUGAAACAGAUACUGAAGACUUUUUCGAUCCAAAUGAUUCUAUGAGCUUUAGUAGUUACACAGAUGGGGAGGAUAAUACAAGCAAAGAUCGUACUGCAAAAUAUAGUAGUUCCGCAGAGUUUUUUGACGCUUGGGAAGAACUCUCUUCUGAUAGUGGGACGCAAGGCUCUCUACGCUCUCUACGUGAUGUUGAUGCUGAAUUGCGUGAAAUAAGGUUGAGUCUAUUGAUGGAGAUAGAAAAGCGAAAGCACAUUGAAGAAUCCCUUAAAAGCAUGCAAAGCCAGUGGGAGAGAAUUAGAGAAGGGUUAUCUUCUGUUGGAAUUGUUUUACCUGCAGAUCUAGCUGCUAUUGCGCAAGGUGGGCAGCUGAAUUCUGAUCCUGUGGAUGAUAUAUGUCAGCAGGUAUACAUUGCUAGGUUUGUAUCAAACUCCAUUGGAAGAGGAACUGCCAGGGCUGAGGCGGAGGCAGAAAUGGAAGCCCAGCUAGACUCAAAGAACUUUGAGAUUUCUCGACUGUUGGAACGUCUUCAUUAUUAUGAGACCAUGAAUAGGGAGAUGUCUCAGAGGAACCAGGCGGCAGUAGAGACGGCAAGGCGUGAGAGACAAAGAAGGUCUAGGAGGCAGAGAUGGAUUUGGGGCUCUAUAUCUACUGCCAUUGUACUUGGUACUACAGCAAUAGCAUGGUCAUAUCUUCCAUCAAGUAAAGGAUCAACAUCUGCAGACCAUGAUGACGUUUCCGAACACAAUGACGGGGCCAAUUAAUAUUCCGUCAACACUAAUUUUGCCUAGUUAUGGUAGGAGAGGUGAAUAAAAGUUUUACACACCACUAUGUGGCGAACACGUCUCACACUUAAUCGAUUACAAUUUUGAAGCAGUUUGAGUAUGUGAAUAAUUUUAUUGGGUCGUCCAGUACAAUUACUUUGCCUUCCACUGCAAGUCUUAGAUGGUUGAUUAGUAAAAUGGUACAGUCCAUGUUGAUAAGAUAAUACCUUAUAGUUUUUUCUUACCCAUUCUUACAAGCAGAAUAAGUAUUUGGCAUCUGAUA